GCGGCUACAACGUCACGGCGCCUGAUGUGAAUACCAGCUGCCUGAUCACUUCGGCAUCUGGCCCUUCCACAACGGAGGCUUCGUCUGGGUCUUCUACAACGGAGGUUUCGUCUGGGUCUUCUACAACGGAGCCGUCUUUAUCUAACACCCUUCCUGGCGUUGCGCCGGGCCCAUCCUCCUCAGCAAGAAGCUUGAAGCUCUUGUGGUGUGUUUUAAUAGUAUACUUGCAAAUGCUCUGCUGCUCUUGCCUUCCGUGA